UGAUAAUUCAUUGCAGGUCAUUCGUGUGUAUGCAGCAGACGAUACACGAGAUAUAUGCACCCGUCUGUCUGUCUGUCUGUCUGUCUGUUGUUAUGUCUGUCUGUCUGUCUCCCACCAGACACACCAGCCGUGAUGAAACUCAUCAAUCUCCAUCUGAAUGAGCACGGUGCUCUUUGAGUCUUGAAGUGGUACAAAAGGUCUUACACGUCAUACAUGCACAAAAGCACGAAUAAGCACGAGUCACAGAACAGGCCAUGCACGUCAACGCAGGCGGCAGGACACGCAGAUAGGGACAUACAUCGAGGCAGUCAUUACAGUACCCUUUCUCCCUCCCCCAAAGCACUAGAUGGAUGAGUACACGAUGACAUAUAGCAUGCACACACGGCUUUAUCUACACAGUAUCAACACAAAGCCUCACAGUGCAGGCAUUCACAUCCAUGUGUAUAAGGCAAGGUGUACACCUUCACACCAGUGCAAAAGCAUGUAUCGUGUGCAGAUACGAUUCUUAAAGGCACACCAGCACGCAAAAGCCUCCCAGACACAGCCGCACAUCGAACUACGUGUGACACCCAAGUACAGGAUUGCAUGUUAUACGACAGACACAAAUUGCACGUACACGACAGACGACACAAGCAUGCACAUCAACAGCGUCCCACCGCCAAUUUGGGCCACAGCAAUGCCCUACGUCUGCACCACUUCAAGAGGAAGGCUCGAUGUAUCCCUGUUCGUAGACUGGCCCGGAGAACUCCUCCCUGUACUUUUGGCGGCAGGUGGGGCACUUACUGUCCCCCCGCUUGAAACGCUCGAAACAAACUACGACACCACACGCAAACACACACCCAUAUCUUCAUUCCCUGAGACAGUACUCCUUCCAUCCCUACCUCUGCAAAAGUAUUUGUGUCUGCAGGGUAUGAGCACCACUUCAGUGGGACGAUCGUAACAAAUUUGACAUUUGGGAGGCGCAGCGGACUUGUUCUUCUUCUUCUCCUCCUCGUGCCUCGCUCUCUCCUCCUCCAUUUCCGUCUGCAUGGCAUCGAUAACGGCUGCCGACUCCUCCGCCUGCCUGCAAAGCUUCUCGUCCGCUGCCCCAAGCUGGCCCUUCACCGCCUCAAACUCGAGUUUGAGGAGGUGAAGGGCUCUCCCUUCCUCGCUGAGCCAGGCCGCAUCCACAGUGGGGUCGGGAAGCACCGUAGAAGCCCACUUGCUUGCCUCAUCAGCAACUAGGGGUAGGAUUUCCUGGGUGGCACCGCCGCAACACUCGUGAAAGGCAGUCUGGAGGCCCUCCUUGGCGUCCUCGAGGUCACGAAUCUCACGGGUCAGCUGAAGGCGAACAAGACGCAAGUGACAGUAUUUCGUUACUCCUCGCUAUCUGCAUACCCGUUUCUCAACGUCCGCCGCGGUCUCAGAGGACGAGUCAUGCCUAUCACCCUGCAGAAUCUUCAUAUGAGACACCGAUCGAAAGGCAAUUCUUCGUACAAGCGGGUAUUUUUAGAGAAGCCUUAUGCUUACGGCUCGGUUUUUGUCUGCAAUUGCGUUGUCGAUCUCCAGUAUUUGCUGCUCCAGCAAUGCCCGUCCGCGUGCACAAUCCUCGAACAGGACUGAAGGAUAGAGACGUCUUGUAUUCCUUCUUGCAUCCGUUUACUCUCCUUACUUUCUGAGAGCCGUUUCACGCCUUUCUCGACGUGCUUCUCCAGAUAGCACAAGAGGGCUUGAAGCUGCCUGUUGUACUUCUCCUGCAAAUCGAUGUGUACGAGUAUUCUUGACAGGGGUGGUAUUCUUGACUGUACAUGUCGCACCGCUUCGGCAGUUGCGGCGUUCCAGAAGGUGCGAUGGCUGUCAUACUCUGCGCGCCAAUCCUGGAAGGACAAGAGGGAUAGCAGCUUCGUACAAAUGUGCUUGCUUCCAGCUCACAUUGACGCGGGCGAGAAUCUCUGUAAGCGGCGCAUUUGCGGCAGCAACAGCGGCUUCAGCACGCAGACGCUCGAUUCGCGCUUGCACCUCCUCCUCCUGCAUACGAUGCUCAAGACACAGCCUACAUCCAUGAGCCACUUAUUCUUGCCCCUGCCCACCUUUGCUGCGAUGAGUGCUUUGUAUUGUAUGUUCCCCUCGCGGAUCAUGGAUUCCUCUGUGGCUUUGUUGCGCUUCUGCAGCCUGCAAACCACGGACGACUAGGCAUUGAGACACGCAAAAGGCUCAGAGGUCACCUACUCCUUCUCGUGUGUCUUGGAAUCAGCUUCAGCGCUUGUGAGACUCCGUUGAUAGUCUGCCAGUGGUGGAUUCAGACACACACAAUGUGGUAGAAAGCACAGAAAACAAAUUGCGUGUUACCAGUGAUGUGCUUUGUGCGGGUAUCAAGCUGCCUGAUACGUGACAUCCACUGAACUGCGUGCUGUCGCCAUUCGCCAAUCUUCUCCUGCAUCAAGCAAAGCAAAGGGCCAUUCCUGGAACAAGAGAAGUUGGUUUCUCUGUAAUGACAUUGUGGCGCUUGAUGAAGACUUCCUUCUGUGCUUUGAAGCAGCCGAGAACGUCUGAUUGAAGUGCCUUGUCGAUCGCGACGAGCUGCAGGACCAACAUUGAUACAGGGGGGAAGAUUGUACUCGCGUCAUGUUACCUUGUCCUUGAGGAGCCGAAAAAACCCUUCCACUGCGUGAAUUCGUUCCUUCCGCUUCUCCUCACGCUCAACUGGGCGGAAACCAGACCUGCAAGCGUACAAGAGACAUGCCUGCCUGCCUGCCUGGCUGCUGGUUCUAGAAUCUCAACCUUUUACUGCAGCAGAUAAGGUUCAAUUUGGUGUUCCACGAAUGAGUUCAGCGCAGAUGUGUGACGCGCUAACGUGAAGGAUGCUGCGAACAGACAAGAAAACACGUGCCAGUGUGAUGUCAUGAUGGCCGUCUAUAUGCACGCGUGGCUCACGGUGGCUCUUUUUGGCUGUCUGCAUGAAGUGGCCGAGGCCCUCGUAAACCGACAUGAGCUCGAGAUGAACCAUUUGGGCGCCACUAGGUUCGAAUCCCUUAAGAACUGGUUCCAAUAGGUAAGGGAGUCUGGUUUGUGAUGUCCCUAGGCACAAUGCUCACCUGCUGCUCGGUUGAUAGGGAGUAUCGCAGCUGUCACCAAUUUAUAAGUGUCAGGCUGUGGAUAAGUGCAUCAAGCUUCUCAGCCGCCGACGAAGAGUCGUGAAACAGGUCUGAGAAGACGCCCGUAAUCAAUGCAGAGUAGUCGAUGCCCGCCUUCUGCAUACGAAUGACAUCCGAAUGGCCUAUGAAAUGCCAACCUUCCCUUGAUUACUCACCUGAAGCCUCUCGCUGAUAGAGCUGGCCUCCGGCUGAUAGGAACUUGAUGCUUGUUCGAGAGCAUAUACCUCCUACAGGCAAGAAGGCAUCGAGAAGAUCAAAAACCAGCGUCAUCUACCAGGCAAGCCCACCGAGGGAGUCAACUGGCGCCUUGGCACAGCCUUGACCAACGAAACAUCCCACUGCCCCUUAGCGAUCCUGCCCUGUGAGAGGGACACGGAGAGAAAUCGCUCAACACCACACUCAGCACAUCUCCCUCUGACCCUGAUCAUCUCAUCGGCAUCUGCCUUGAAAUCGUCAACUCUCAUGGCAUCCCGACGGGCGCCAAUAUCCCUGUAACCAAAGCAUCAACGAUGGUGUCGUCAUGUCGCUAUGUCUUCUCACUUGAGAUCCUGAAUGAGCGCUGUGACCAUCUCGAUGAUAUCGCCGGCUGCUGCCGCUCGAGCCGACGCCUGAUGUACACACAUAACAAAGGCGCAGGUCGAGCGUGUCUUUUUCCAUCCGCGUGGCUGCAUGAAACAACGUACCUGUGACGGGGGUCUCCUUGUCUUGUUAAGGUCCUGAUCCUGAUCCUGAUCCUGUCGACGUCCAGAACGGCCGAGCAAAGACAGCGUCGACUCCUGCGCAUGAGCCGAGAGAACGAAAGGUGAUUGCGUAGGCUGGCAUCAUCGUGUGUGUCGCUCAGUCGCUGACCCUCUGAAUGUUGUAGUCCUGCAGGGUGUGGCCGGCGUCGAGCGGCUUCCCACCAUAGAUCAGCAGCUGCUGGGUGGACGGUAUGCCCUCUUUCUCCUCAAUCUUCGCCAUGACGUCCGCAACCAGGGAUAGAAGCUCGACGUCGAGCGUGCGCGUCUUGCCUGCAUGAAUAACACAACACAGCCAAAGAAGCAGGCGUGUGUUGUGUGUGUGGUGUGUCCGUGUGUGAGUCUGUAUUGCGCAAUGCGCACCACUGAAGUUCUUGUAGAAGAUCUGCAUACUUGGCGGGGUACCCGACGGAAACCUAGUGCCGUCCUCCUCCCUCACGAAAGCAAGCCAACACCGGAAAACAAGGACAAGAAAAGGGAACAACGGGAACGAAAAGGAAGGUAAGACAAAGAAAAGGCUCAAAAAGGAGGCUGAGGGAAAGACAGAUGCCCGAUCGUCG